GAGAAGUAGCUCUUGGUGAGUUAUAAUGGCGUCAAAGUUGAAAAACAUGAACAAAGAUAUAAUCAUCUUCGUGGCCUUGCUUGGGCUGAUUCUUGGUGUCUUUGCUCGAUCGUGUGUUCAGGGGCCGCAGAAGAGUUUGGAGGAAGAGAACAAAAGCUAUUUCCGACAGCAGUUCGAUAAAGUUUGCAGUGAUGUGCGUAGAAAAAUUGAGGAUGUCUGUGUCACGUUAACAAUAAAAUUUAUCCAUUUCUUGGUUUCGAGAUGGCUGCAGUUGAGAUAUUUACCAGCAUUGUUCCCUGCGCCUCGGAUCACGUGUUUGUUGUUUUGGGUAGCGUUUACCGGAUCAAUCUCAUCCUUGCCAGAUAACCCUCUGCAGUAA